UCAGGGUACCCAGGAAGAACCUACCGCUUCUACAAUGGCAAGCCAGUCUUCGAAUUCGGCCAUGGACUCAGCUACUCCACCUUCUCCUACAAAUUUAAAUCCAUCGCCCAAAGCCACCACCUCAACAAAUCAGCCACUGCUUUUCAAUCUAGCAACAAGUCGGGCAUAAUCAGCUAUGAUAUCUCAAUGAUGAGCGCAGCAGAAUGUGAGAUGCUGAAGCUCUCGGCCAUGGUGAGAGUGGAAAACCAUGGACCCCUUGAUGGAAAGCACUCAGUGCUUCUGUUUUUGCGUAGGCCAAGCCUAGUAAGCGGAAGAUCGAUGAAACAGCUAGUUGCAUUUGAAAGUUCGAGCUUGAAGGCAGGGGAGAAAGCUCAUGUUGAAUUUGUGUUGAAGCCAUGCGAACACUUUGUGCAUACAGAAGAAGAUGGAAGGAAGGUGAUGGAUGAUGGGUCUCAUUUCUUGGUGGUUGGAAAGGAGAAGUUUGAAGUUAGCAUCAUGGCUUGAGUUUGUGAUGUGGGAGAGCUCAAAUUCAAGAGUUUUAAGCUCCCAGGUAUUGCGGAUUAAUAAUUUGUUAUCAUGUUUUUCACCUCCAUCUGUUAAUAAGUGGAUGAAUAAGACUGAGGCUUUGUU